AUGCCGCUCAGCGGUAGAAUUGCGCUCAAUGUGGAAGUGCACAUUGAGGAUGGAAGGGAGGUUGAAAGUGAAGAAGAAUUGGAAGUGGACAUUGAGGAGGGAGGGGAGGUUCCUACUGAACAAGAAGUGGAAGUGGACAUUGAGGAUGGAGGGGAGGUUCAUACUGAACAAGAAUUGGAAGCAGACAUUGAGGAUGGAGGGGAGGUUCAUACUGAACAAGAAUUGGAAGCAGACAUUGAGGAUGGAGGGGAGCUUCAUACUGAAGAAGAAUUGGAAGUGGACGUGGACAAUGAUGAUGAACCAGGAAUGGAUGAUCUGAGUGGUGAUGAAUAUGUGGAUGCAGACAAUGAUGAAGAAACCCAACAACAAUGCAGGGGUUUGUUAGAUGAUGAUUGGGAGUCUGAUAUGCUUGUAACUCCUGAAAACAGUUCAAGUGAGGAGGAUGACAACGAGGAUAGAGUAUGUAUGAGUGGUUUCUCAAAAUAUGCAAAACAGAAGUCCAUGGCAGAUUACAAGUGGGAAGUGGGCACCAUUUUCAGUGGAAAGGAAGAGUUUAAGGAUGCUAUUAGAAGGUAUGUUGUUCAUGCUGGGAGGGAUCUAAAAUUUGUGAAGAAUGAUAAGCGUAGGGUGAGGGUGCGCUACAUGGGUGGCCAAGGGAAGUGCCCAUGGGUAGCUUACUGUGGGUACUUGCCAUCACGCAAAAUUUGGCAAUUAAGGAAGAUAAUUGAUACUCACGGUUGUAGUAGGCAACUUAACAUCAAACUAAUGAAUGCUCAGUGGUUGAGUGAAGAAAUAGAUAGGUCUUUAGUUGACAAUCCUAAUUUAAAGGUGAAUGAUAUUCGUACUAAAGCAUUAAGAAAAUGGAAUACAAAUGUGUCAAUAUCCAAGGCACGAAGGGCAAAGUUAAUUGCCACAAGACAGCUUGAAGGAGAUUUCAAAGAACAGUAUAAAAGGAUAUACGACUAUGGACAUGAGUUGUUGAGGUGUAACCCAGGUUCAACAGUGCAAAUUAAAGUUGACUCUCAUAAUGGGGAUACAAUCUUCCAAAGAAUGUAUGUUUGUCUAAAAGCUUGUAAAGACAACUUCAAAAGUUGUAGGCCCAUAAUAUGUUUAGACGGGUGUUUUUUGAAAGGUUAUUACAAGGGAGAGCUUCUCACUGCUGUUGGUAGGGACCCAAACGAUCAAAUGCUACCACUUGCCUAUGCAGUAGUAGAAGUGGAGAACAAAGACAGCUGGACAUGGUUCUUGCAAUUAUUAAUUCAAGACCUCGGGGGUAGUGAAGGGUUGGUCCCAGCUAUCCAAGAGCUUCUUCCUGGGACAGAACAAAGAUUCUGUAUGAGGCACCUGUAUGCAAACUUUAGGAAAAGGUUUGGUGGUCAAAUUUUAAAAAAUCUGAUGUGGACAGCUGCCACAAGCACAUAUCCACAAGCUUGGGAGAGAGAGAUGCUGAAAAUUAAAGAAGUCAAUAUUGAAGCAUAUAAAUACCUCAUAGCCAUUCCCCCGAGGUUUUGGUCAAGAUCUCGCUUCACAGGUCAAGCAAUGACUGAUACACUAGAUAACAACAUCAGUGAAGCUUUCAACAGUGUUCUUAUUCAUUCAAGAGGAAAACCUAUUAUAACCAUGAUGGAGGAUAUCAGAGUUUAUCUCAUGAAAAGCUGGUCUGCACGAAAGAUUUUUAAGGUUAGGCAUACUUCAUCAGUUGGGAACAAGUUCACACUGGACCUGGACACAAAGGAGUGUAGCUGCAGAAAGUGGAUGAUUAGUGCCAUUCCAUGUUGUCAUGCAAUUGCAGCAAUGAACUUCUCCAACGUUGAUCCACAGACUUUUGUCCCCAAUGUGUUCACAAGAUCCACCUAUGAAGAGGUCUAUGCGUCCAUCAUUUUUCCACUCAAUGGCCACCUACUAUGGGAAACCACAAAUUUCAAUGAUGUACUACCACCACUGAUCAAGAAGAUGCCUGGGAGGCCAAAGAAAAAAAGGAGGUUGGAAGCAUGGGAGCUAACUAAAGAUCAGACUCAAAUGCGUGUUGGUGGCCAUAAGAAAAAAUGUAGUCUUUGUCGUAAGAUGGGGCACAACAAGAAUAGCUGCCCUUUAAAGCCCCAGCCAGUAGAAACAACACAACCAUCACAACCACCUCCAAGUUCCCCAACCCCUGAACCAUCACAGCCAUCAAGUACCCAAUCAUCCCGACCAACAAAAUGCAAAGUCAGAAGAAAACAUACUUAG